GGCUGCGUGACUCUGGUGUCUCUGGCGGCUGUGACGUCACAGAGGACAGGUCACGAUGGGAGCUGUCCCUAAGGACAACAGCGGGCAGCCCCAGGGCAGUUGGACUUGGGCGAUCAGCCAUGGAUUCAGCACUUGUGCUCCUCCUGGCUGUGCUGGCCGUCCUGCCCGAGCCGACCCACGAUCGCCCGAGCGAUGCAGUCGCUGCGGAGCGGAUGAAGAGACGGCAGAUGUUUGUGGAGCAGAAGAUGAGCGAGCUGUGGGAGGAAGUCGAGUGGAGGAGGGCCCUGGAAGAAGUUCCACUCCUGUGGAUCUUGCAGCACUGGCUCUUCUGGGUGGCUGCAGCAGCUGUGCUCUGCUGGCUGGCCUGGCGCCGUCAGCGGGACAGCUGGCCAGGAGAGGAGGAAGAAGAGCUGGGCGCAGCAGCCGGGGCUGUCAGGCCUUUCCCGGAGCUCAGCCGGUCACCGCUGCAGGAACUGCCCUACAUGGGCCGCACCCUGAAGAAGCUGGUGCGGGACCUGCUGGAGGUGUGCCAGGUGCUCUCCCAGAACACCUUCAUGCCAGAGCUGCACCCGGCCACCCAGAAGCAGGGCACCCUCGAGUCCUGGAGUGACCUGGGGCACCAGAUCAUCUACCAGCUGGUCGUCUUCCUCAGGCCACCCCCCAGGCACUCUUUCCAGCUGCAGCCGCCCGGCGGCAGGCAUGUGCCAGAGAGGUGCUCCAACAUCCGGGUGGUGCUGGAGUGCUCGUGCUCCAGCACGACGGGGGAGACGUCGUGCUUUGUCCACCCCACGCACGACGCUCAGCCCUCGCGCCUGCUACGCACCCUCUGCACGGGCUCCCACUUGGAGGUGGAGAAAACCGCCGGCUGGGUGCAGAGCUUGGUGGAAGCAGCCUGGGAGCGUUCGCCCCAGUGGCACGACUGGAAGCUCCAGCUGCUGCCCUCCUCCCGCUCCUGCAGGCUCCUGCUGACCGGCCCCUGCCAGGUGCAGCUCUGCGCUGAGCUGCUCCUGGCAGUGCGGCAGGGCCGGCCAGGCAACUUCCUGGUGCUGGAAUAGGCACCCGCAGCUCUCCCACCUGCUGCUUUAGUCUGGGCUAGAGUUAGAGUAGGAUAGAGUAGGAUAGAGUAGGAUAGAGUAGGAUAAGAGUAGAGUAGGAUAGAUUAAGGGUGGGGUUAGAUUUUCCAAGGGCUGGUUUAGGCUGGGGUAGAGUUAGGCUUAGGAUGGCCUUAGGCUUGUAGGGGGUUAGAUUUUAAGGUAGUUUUUUCCCAAGGGGUGCUUUAGGCUGGGGGAGAGUUAGGCUAAGGUAGAUAGUCAGGAUAGGCUUCCAUCUUCUGCAUCUACUCCACAUGGGGCUGUA